GUCGUGUCAGUGAAAGAAUUCUCAUGUGAAUCACGAAACAGAAUCAGCUGUGUUGUGAAAAUCGUGGAUUUGACGUUUAUUUUGUUCAUAUGUCGAUUUUCUUCACUCUUCAUUUAAUAAUAAUGUGAAGAUAAGUUUGUUUUUUUUUAAUUUUACGUUUUUGUCAACACCGAUUCCAUAACGAAGGGAAUCACCAGUUUAUUUAUAGAAUCCCAACCCGAUUUCUAACAAUGGGGCUACUCUUCACAAGACUUUGGAGUUUAUUCACAAAUGAAGAACAUAAAGUUAUCAUAGUGGGACUCGACAAUGCAGGGAAGACCACCAUUUUAUACCAGUUUUUAAUGAAUGAGGUUGUCCACACGUCGCCGACGAUCGGCAGUAACGUGGAGGAGGUGAUCUGGAAGAACAUCCACUUCCUGAUGUGGGACAUAGGGGGCCAGGAAACACUGCGGUCAGCCUGGAACACAUACUACAGUAACGCUCAGUUUGUAAUUCUGGUUGUGGACUCAACAGACAGGGAGAGGUUGUCCAUCACGAAAGAGGAACUCUGUAAAAUGUUGAACCAUGAGGACCUCAGAAAAGCAGCCAUGUUGAUAUUUGCCAACAAGCAGGAUGUAAAAGGCUCGAUGUCUGCAGCCGAGAUAUCUCAGCAUCUCAAUCUCACUUCCAUCAAGGAUCACCCCUGGCAUAUACAAGGUUGUUGCGCUUUGACAGGAGAGGGGUUGUAUCAAGGCUUAGAGUGGAUCACUAGCAAACUGAAGGGUCGGUGACCUUUAGUGUGACAUAAGGUCAAAUAUCAAGGGUCAAGGGUUCAUCAGACUUUGGAAGAAGAUUUUAAGAGCUUUGGUUCUGUCUUAAUUUGUUUUGUUUUUCCUGAUUAUUCAGCCCCUAGUCCUAAAUAUUAAACACAAACAGAACCGAAAUUCUCAGGAACUGUGGCCACAAAGUUUGACUUGCAAGAACAGAUUUUGAUACAGUGAUUUUUUUUUAUUUUUACUGGAGUGAAAUAUCUUAUAAUUUUGACAUUGGUAUGUCAACUUUCAUCUGAUAUUUCUACAUGAACAUCUUCUAUUCAUGACAUUUUCGUAGGAGAUAAAAAUUGUUGUAAGUUAAUGGCAAAGGAGUGAAGUUUUUAGUGUUCAGAAAAAAGUGCUUUUAUUUUCGAAUUGAGAGUGAUGUGCUUAACUGAGAAUAUUGUUAGCAUGUUGACAUUGUCUGCUAUGAAAGAUACUGUGUCUUGUUUACUGGUAUUACGAUAUUGUUAAACCUUGUUUUAUAUAAAUAAUGCCAAAUAUACCACUACAACUAUUCCCAACUCUUGCACUAUAGUAUGUCUCAGCAUUUGUGCUAAAAGUAAUAACUGUGUGAGAGGAUAUUUAAUGUAAUACAAACAAGCAAUACUAUAACAGAGUAAUUUUGGCCAGUGAUAGGGGUAAAAAAAUAUAACAUUUAGAGCAUUGACGUAAUACAUGUAUGUGUCACUUAUGCAUUAAUAGUACAUCAUUUUCAAAGUACUUGGUAUUCAAAGCAUUACCGAAUUACAGGUAUUUAUUUGGCAAUUAUAAUGUCUAGAAUUCAACCUGAAACAGAAAGUAAUUUAUCUCCUUUAAUGAAGUAUUUGGUGGCAUCUAAAACUUAAGUGUUAUAUAGCCAAAAGAAUUAAUGAUUAUGAACAAGAGAAUAUCAGAACUAUAUAUAGAAUCAGUUGAAAAAGUUAGUUAAAUUAAGUAGCAAGAAGAUAAAAUAUUGGGCAUGUUCAAUAGUUUCACAGUGAGAUAGCAUUGCCAAAAUUCAAGCUUAAGUUGGACAUUAUUAUCAAUUUAAAUCAUUUUAAUUUUUAAAUUAUUGUUUUAUUACUAAAGGGUAAAUUUUUACUUUCAUGCACAUGAUUUUUUACAUACAGUGGUCAGUUAACAUGACUUGUGUAAACUACAUGAGUACACAUGUAUUUUAAAAAGAGAUAUUAAUUAUAUUCUAAUUCCAUGACUGUAUCACACAAUUUGUACAUGUAACUUCACAUGCAUGUAUAUAUUUAUUGGAUUAUUUUUGAGUUAUAUAUCCAAAUACAUGUGGACUGUACAGAAGCAUUUUGAUAAAAGUGGUGCCAUAAACCUGGGGUUUUCCCAGAUUUGAACAAAGAUGCAUGUCAUGUAAACAUUAUUGCAUUAGAUAAAAUUUGGCUAAAAACUUCUGGUAUGGUUAAUUAAUCAAGUACAGAUAUGUAUUUUAAACAUUUUGCAUUCAAUAUAGAAAAGUCUGUUAUGAGUUUUAUUUGUUUGAUAAGAGAGAGAGAGAGAGAGAGAGAGAGAGAGAGAGAGAGAGAGAGAGAGAGCUGUCUGUGUCUGAUGCACUUCUACACUUUAUAUGUUUUCACUGUAAGCUAGCUGGUGCAAAACUAGUAAAGCUUACUCAACAACACUCCUUCACUUGUUAAAUAAUAUUUGUCAUUAUUCAUUAUUAUGAAUUUGCUUUUAGAUAAUAUAGCGACUAGUUAGGGCUGUCUGAGAGUAUGUGAAUGUAAUGAUUGCAUGGGAUCCACUUUCUUCAAGACAUGAAACACAUGAAUGACUCUAUACCUUCCCCAUUCCUUCCCAUAAAAAAUCAUCAACACCAAAAAUAAAAAACAAAAAACCCCAGAAUUCUUAGCAUCUGCAAAUUUUUCAAUUUUCAAAAUUUUGAUUUUUGGUUUUUUUUUUCAUAAAAAAAUGCUGCAGUGAUUCAUUUGUUGACUAUAUAUUAAAAAUUAUUUUGAUUCCUGUACUGAAUCUAAAUCAGUCAGAGAUCAGAUCUGUAUUUGAUAAAACAUUUUAGCCUCGGAUGGAAUCUGAUAUACCGUAUUUAUAAGACUAAGGUCCUACAUUGUGAUGAUGUACAUAAUAUUUAUUUGGGGCAUUUUCAGUCAAAAGGUUGAAACAGAUGCAUGGAUAUUGUAUAAAUGUUUUGCCUGCAAAUUCAAUAUGUCUUCAAAAUUCAUGUUUGUAUAUACAUAAGUAUAAAUUGUCUUUGUCAUAGUCAAUACAAUGAAUUAUCAGUAUGUAUUUUUCCUGCGCCAGUACUUUGUACAAUCAUUUUCUGUGUUUUUUCGUCAUUAAUUGUUUCACCACUGCGUGUGUCAAAAAUUUUGUUUUUAAUCUUGUUAUUACAUUAUUUUAUUCAUUGUG